AUGGACAACCGAAAAUUUCCGCCGCACGCUCGUGGAUAUCUCUACUACUAUCUCGCGCACAACGCCCCCGCCCUCUCCGGGCAGGUGCGCUUCCGCGUCACCGGAAUCAACGACCCCGCGCUGUUCUCCUCUGGUGAGGACCUUCUCCGUUCCGACCAUCUUCCAUGGAGGAUGCCGCUCCUCUCUCUGUUGCUCCGGAAGUACUACACGGCCAUGUUGCAUCGCUUAGUCGAUGAGGGGCUUGUAUCCGAACGUGUGUUGCAAAUCGCAUCAAGCUUACCUCCCGAGGCCCAGCAGGCCAACGUUGGCUCUACGCGCGUAAUUCACGCAUUCGGCCAACCUUUCCUUCUCCACUUCGGCCGAGCACGCCAGCCGUUCUACUUUGUAGGCGCAGACACUGUCCGGCAAGCGACCUUCGAGCCUGUGGCCAUCUCUCGUGGUAACAGGGGCUCAUGGCUAGCCACGAUAAGAGGAUCCGCGCUGUGCUACUUCGAGAAGUCGGCGCGCCCCGAGCACGCAGGGCGCCGCGUGGUGGUUUGUCGCGCCGUCCGCAUCAUAAAGCCCAUGGAGCUCACCGGCAUCCUUUCGAUCCCGGGCUCUCUCCUUCCACGCGAAGGAGAGCUGAUACGGACGACUUUUCCACGCGCCCAGGACAGCCCGGAGUGGUCAUUCGACAUAGACGACAACCUUUCCCUAGCUCCAGACACAGUCCGCGCUCGGUUUGCGGCGGGUCUCGACCUUCUGUACGAUAAUGAGGCGCGCGCGGGAGGCCCUGUGGGUUGGUAA